GAGCGCCAAUUUUAUUUCUAACCUUAAAUUAAACUUUUUUUGUGUGGUAAUUUUUCUUGUUAUAAAAUGGAUUUAAGAGGUUGUUCGUUAAAGUACUUCAUGGAAAAUGAAGAAGUUUGUCUUAAUUACAUUAAAAAUCAUUUAGAUCAGAUUCCUUAUUUAAAUGCAAUCAGUAUGGAUGGGCUAAAAGAUGGUGCCUUGGUGAGAUUUCGAGGGAUGGUUCAAGAUAUGAGAAGUUGUGAGUAUUAUCUUGAUAAAUAUGAGAUUAAAAAGAAGGAUACCGAAGAAGUAACUUAUAAAUCGGGCCGAUAUCAAGAUAUUAUUGAAUGUAAUGAUAAUGAAAUCAUCAAUCAGUUCAGUAAUCGAAAUAAAACCUCAGAACGUCAUCCUUUAGUUCUUAUAUCUGUUCCUGGGUUAAAUAAUUGGGUUACUGAUAUUGAAAUUACCAAAUAUGGAAAUGACGUUGAACCCUCUCUUGAAGUUACCAAGGCAAAUACAAAAAGAAAAAGUUUAGAAUCUACAGAAGAAAUGGAGCAAUCUAGUUCUCACUCAACUGAAAACGAAUCUAAACAAAUUAAAAAUGACACUGAAUCUUCAAAAAAAUUGUGUGAUGAAUCUGUAAAAGAAUCCCUUCCAACUCAAUCUAAUCAACCACUUUCUGCGGAAUAUCUUUUAAAUUUACCUUUACCUGAUAGAGGUGGAAAAGUUUGUAUUGUAAAGAUAUAUGAAGAAGAAAUUGAUAUAAAAGUUAAUGAAAUCUUGGAUGUUGUCGGUUUUAUAUCAUUAGAUCCAAGAAUGACUCAAACAUCGCUUGAAAAUUCAUUAUUUGAUUGCGAAGAAACAGAAAUUCUUGCACAUCAUCCACCGCCUUCAUUAAUUCCUCGAAUACAAGUUGUUCAUUGGAGUAGAACUCAUCAUGUUAAUCCACUACUUCAUACAGAAAUUGAUUUGAGCAUGGAGAAAGCUACUAUGCUAUGUACAGAGCUUAAAAUGAUUUUCACAGAAAUUUUGUUUGGGGAUUCUUUGGCAGGGAGUUAUUUGUUUUAUCAUUUAAUAUCAACCGUUUACUUAAGAAAAAAUUUGGCUGUUUUGGGAAAAUUUACAUUAAAUUUUUCAAAUAUUCCACAAUCAUUAGUUUCUGAAUUUGGAAAAAAUUUGUAUGAAAUUAUUGAAUUGUUAGUUACUCAUAGUCAUUAUUUACCAAUGACUUUAGAUAAUAUGAAUGAAUUAUCUUUUAUUCCAAAAAAAGAUGUUGAUGCAAAUAGAUUAAACAGCAGUGUUCUUCAACUAGCUCCAAACACACAUUUAAUUCUUGACGAGACCCAAAUGUCUCCAGGAAGAUUGAACUCGUCGGGAUGUCAAGCUAUUGCAGCUUUAAACCGAUUAAUUAAAGACCAAGAAAUUAGUUAUGAUUUUAAAGUCUACAACGUUGAUUUUUGUCAUAAUAUUCCAAUUUUAAUUGUUUCUGAAGGAAAAUCAAUGUUGCCAUCUGAUUACCAUGUUAUUCUUCAACCAAAUAAUGUACAUGUUGAAACAUACUCAGAAGUAUUCCCAGCUGCUAAACUUUUAUUAACCCAAGAAUUAUUAAAUGAUUUACGUCAGUACUUAACGUUAUCAAAACAUAAAAAACACGAACUUCCGCAAGAUAUUGAAUGUCUGAUUGAGGAAGAUUUUGUGAAAUAUCGUCGUGAAUACGAUAUUAACGCCCAAGAUUUACACCAACUUUUAGAUUUAGCAAGAUUGGUUGCUUUUGGGGAUGGGAAAUCAACUAUUGAUAAAAACAGUUGGAAAAGUGCUUGUAAGUUAGAAGAAGAACGCUGGUUACGUAUAAGAGGACUUUAAUUUAUUACGUUUAUUGUUAAUAACAGAAAUAAAAUUUGUUUGGUACUUUUGUUUAA